AUGUCGUCCGAAAAGGACAAGUACCCUUCAACGUUCACAAUAGACCAAUUUAGUUCUACGGCAACUCUAACAAAUAACGACCAAAUAAAAGUACCGAUCGAUUCGAACGGUACCAUACCGGAAAAAGGCGACGGUACCGAGUACAACCCGUACGACCACCGAAACAUUGAACAUCCAAAUAGUUUUUCAGACGCUCUAAUUCAUCUGCUCAAAAGCUCUUUGGGAACUGGGAUUUUGGCGAUACCAAGGGCUUUCAAGAGCGCUGGACUGUUGGUGGGACUUUUCGGAACUGUUAUUAUAGGAAUUUUAUGUACGCACACCAUACACAUAUUGGUAAAAGCUUCACAUAAAGCAUGUUCAAGAGCCAAAAUUCCCAGUUUAGGAUUCGCAGAUACUGCCGAAGAGGUUUUCAGGCAAGGACCCAAACCCUUGAGAAGAUUUUCUAGGUUUGCAAAAAAUUUCGUCGAAAUCGCCCUCGUUUUAACCUACUACUGCGGCAACGCCGUCUACAUCGUAUUUAUCACAGUAUCCAUGACAAAGCUCUUUUCCUACUACUAUCCAGAAACAGCCAGCUGGGACCAGUACUUCAAACUAAUGAUCCUGAUACCUUUAAUUCUCUGUUGCCAAGUGAGAGAGCUCAAACAUCUAGUACCCUUUUCUUUUCUAGCAAAUGCUAUGAUGGUUGUAGCUUUCAGUAUAACGCUGUAUUACAUUUUUAAUGGUAUUGGAGCUGUUAAAUUGGAAGAUAGAAAUAUGGCAACAGGAUGGGAAGGUAUUCCCAGCUUCUUCAGCACAGUGCUCUUUGCAAUGGAAGGCAUAGGUACCAUAAUGCCUGUAGAAAACACUAUGACGAAACCCUCUUUUGUGGGUUGUCCUGGUGUACUAAACUCCGCAAUGACUGUCGUGAUUUGCCUCUACACUGCCAUCGGGUUUUUUGGUUAUUAUAGGUUUGGAGAUUUGACCGACGCUACUAUAACUAAGAAUUUGCCUUCAGAAGAAAUUCCAGCUCAAAUAGUCCAAGCCAGCAUAUCGAUAGCGGUGUUUUUCACUUUUAUGCUACAGUUCUACGUGCCACUGGAUAUUACUUGGAAUAGGAUAAAACAUAGGAUACCUGAGAAUAGGCAUAAUAUUUCUCAAAUUCUUUUGAGGACUGGAUUGGUGAUUUUCAUUACAGGUAUUGCAGCAGCAGGAGGCGAACACUUGGGAUCCCUAAUCGACUUUGUCGGUGCUAUUUUCUUCUCAACUCUUGGUCUCCUAGUACCAGCCCUUAUCGAUAUUUUAGUUGACUGGAAUGAGGGCUGGGGCAAGUACCACUGGCGUCUCGUAAAGAACAUUUCGAUAAUGGUUUUAGCUGUUUUUGGACUAAUUUCUGGUAGCUAUUACGCUACCUUAGAGAUGAAAUAG